UGCAUUAUCUAUUCAGGAAAAAGUGGGCUGCGGUACUGUAACAAUUUCCUAAAAAAAUGGAAUUCAAGAAUUGAUACGUGGUUAUCCAAAAAACAAAAAAAACAAAAAAAAAAAAAAAUCCAAAAACGUCCACCACACUAGAGUGCCACACCGUAAGUUCAGUGAUCAACAAUAUUCAUCACAUCGGAAUAUGACAAACCCAGCGGAGAAUAAUCAGAAGCCGGCGGUUUGCGUCACCGGAGCGAACGGCUUCAUCGGAACGUGGCUGGUGAAGACCCUCCUCGAAGAGGGCUACUCCACAAUCCACGCCUCCGUCUUCCCCGCCUCUGACGCUUCCCACCUCCUCUCUCUCCCCGGCGCGGGCGCCGGCCGCCUCACCAUCUUCUCCGCCGACGUCCUCGACUUCGCCGCCGUCUCCGCUGCCAUCGAGGGCUGCGCCGGCGUCUUCCACGUGGCCUCCCCCUGCACCCUCGACGACCCACGCGACCCCCACGCCGAACUCAUCUCCCCCGCCGUCGACGGCACUCUCAACGUCCUACGCGCCGCCACGAGCGUCAGGCGCGUGGUCGUCACGUCCUCUAUUUCUGCCAUGGUUCCGAACCCGGCGUGGCCUAGUGAGAAGCCCUUCGAUGAGUCAUCGUGGACUGACCUCGACUACUGCAAGUCUCGCCAGAAAUGGUAUCCGGUUUCGAAAACACUGGCAGAGAAGGCGGCCUGGGAAUUCGCCCGGGAGCAUGGAAUCGACGUGGUGGCAAUCCAUCCAGCGACGUGUCUUGGCCCGUUGCUGCAGCCAAACCUGAAUGCAAGCUGCGCUGUUUUGCUGAACUUGCUGCAGGGUGCCAAAGACACUCAGGAGUAUCACUGGCUAGGAGCCGUUCAUGUUCAGGACGUCGCAAAGGCGCAGGUUUUGCUCUUCGAGACUCCUGCAGCUUCGGGCAGAUACCUCUGCACGAAUGGCAUCUUUCAAUUCCGUGAUUUCGCCGAGAGAGUCUCCAAACUCUAUCCCCAGUUUCCUGUGCACAGGUUCAAUGGGGAGACCCAACCAGGUUUAAAGGAAUGCAAAGACGCAGCAAAGAGAUUAAUUGAUCUGGGGCUGGUAUUUACUCCUUUAGAAGAUGCUGUGAAGGACACAGUUGAGAGCUUCCAAACUAAGGGCUUCUUAGGACAGUAAAUUAAUAUAAUACAUUAAUCAUCUUAAGUUGGUUUUUGCUGUUUUUCAUUAAUGUUUGGGAGUAAUUAUGAGUGCAAAUAAAUUGUCAUUAU